CUGGUGGUAUGCCGUGGAUUUUAUCGCCGACGGCAGUAUGAGGAGCUUUCUUUUCGCCUUCCUGGCCCUCCUCGGACGCGGCUGGGCCGCGAAUCCUGACGAGGCGAAACAGGCCGGUAUUGAUGACCAGGCCAAAGCAGCUUAUUUCGUUCUGGCAAGCUCGGGUUACGUGUUCGCCUUGAACGUGGCGGCAAAUGGAGAUGUCUACUACCACAUGAAUGCGCCUUCUUCACACUCCUGGAUGGGCGUGGGCUUCGGCAGCAGCAUGGACAAUGCUCGAAUGCUGAUUUCUUAUGUCGGCUCGGAUGGCCAUACUCUCGUCAACACAUGCCGCAUGUCUAAAGGCCACUCGGAACCCGAAUGGGAGUCUGAUGUUGUGAUUGAGGGUGUCCACAACGACACUUAUGCACCCUACUCGAAUACCCUCAGCCCUGAUGGAAUCAUGAUUGCGCACGCCAUUUGUCGGAAUUGCUCGCAAUGGGCAACCGGCGGCCUGGACACGUCCAGCACGGCACAGCCUUUUAUAUUUGCGCUGGGACCGAAUGUCACCUUAGAGGACGACCACCCGAAUGCACCGCUGCGGCUUCACGAGUUUCAUGGGAAGUUCCAGCUAGACAUGACAGUUGCCACUAAUUUCAGUGGAUCCCACGGGCGAGUCCCAGCACCGCAAGAUCCAGGGCUGCAAGUUGGAGAUUCAUUCUGGGCUUUUGCGAAUUACAUGUCUUCGAAUGUCUAUAAGACCGGCACCGAUUCAGAGUGGGCUCAGACCGCACAUGCGGUCUUCAUGUGUCUCGCCUUCCUCUUGGUGUUUCCACUCGGAGCCAUCUGCUUGAGACUGGUUCGUCGCGCAAUGGUACACGCCAUUGUGCAGGUUUUUGGCCUUGGUCUGGUCUUGAUAGGUUUUGGACUUGGCAUAUACGCUUCGAAGCUCUACAAUAAGUCCAAAAGCUUUGCCUCUGCCCAUCAAAUCAUUGGUCUGCUCGUAUUUGCCGCGUUAUUCCUGCAAGUUGGUCUUGGCCUAAGCCAUCAUUUGCUAUACAUGCGAACCGGAUCUCCAACGAUAUUGGGCAAGAUUCACCGAUUUCUGGGUAUCAGCAUCUUAGUGCUUGGCAUUGUCAACGGUGGUCUGGGACUUGAUUUCGCAGGCAGUCCCAAGGUCGCGUACGGUGUCGUCGUUGCCAUUAUGGUGGUCAUAUUUGCUGUACUCUCCGCAUGGGUACACACCUAUGUGCAACGUCACGUGUACAAACCGGAAAAGGAGCCAUUCGCGAAGCAUGACUAUGGCUCUGAACCACCGGCAGAAUAUGAAAUGUCCUUCGCGACAAUGGGGCAGACUGGCUACGUUCAGACUCCGCGAACUCCAUUCUUUGGUCAGGCGAAAUACACAGAUGAUCCCGAAGACUAUCGGAGCUAUGCGACACGAGAGAAUGAGCAAAGAGGACGGCAAGAGAGUCUCUAUACCGAUACGCCGGCCUCCGACAGAGAGAAUCCUUUCAAGUCGAAAUGGGAGGCAGUGCCACUGCGGUAGCACCAGUGGCUUCGUUUGCCAUGGCUUUUGUUCUUGUUUGGCGGCAUUAUCAGCAUAGCGGUGGCGAUCUGCAUUUCUAGCGAUAUUGUACAGUUCAUGACGAGACGAGCGAAUGAUACCCUGCAGAAAGACAUGUAUUCAUCAAACG